AUGAAUAGCAUUCCCGGAGCUGCUAUCCAUACAACUUAUCGGAUGUUGAAGGACAAUAUUGACUUUGAUCUUGAAGAAGCUUUGAGAGCUAAAUUGGUGUUGAAUCUUGAAUCUAUCAAGAAGGACAAACGACAAAGAUUCAAGUAUGGUGAAAUACAAUGGUCUGAUGAUACACCGACAUCCAUGCAUAUCAAGAUGCUUGGUAAUAAGUUUACAAAGAUGGAGGCUGUAGACCCAAUGAAUUCAUUGGUUAUGCUUAUGGGGUAUGAGGUAGGAGAAGAUAUCUUGAUUAUUUAUGUUGAAGACCUCUUAUCCAAACCGAUAGAUUCCAAUGUAUCUAGGUUUGGAACAUUUAAAGAUAAAUCAAUAGAGGUACAUUUUGAGUUGGCUAAACUAGUAACAACCAAGAAGGGUAGAAAAGAAGCUGAGAAAUUUGCAGUUAAACAUGGAUUUACAAAAGAGGCAAUUGUAGAGGCUAGAGCUAAGUUUGAAGUGAGGAAGGUUGAAUCCUCUAGUGCCCCAACCGAUACCAACACUGGUAGACAAACAAGGAGUAAAAUGGUGAAGGAGAAGCCCCCUCCUACUCCUAAGAUCCAGAUUAGAAGGAAACCUAAGGAAGAUAAGCCUGAAGCAUCCAAGGAUGAGAUUGUUUUUGCUGACACAAGCACUAAGAAAGAUCCAAUCAUUAUUCCUGAUGAAGAGAUUGUGUUAUCAGGAGCUACUUCAACCGGUACAGGUGAAAAAAACACAAAAGAAGAGAAUAAAGAUGAAGAAAACACUGAUGAAGAAAUGAUUGAGCCAUUGGACAAGGAGAAGGAAGAGGAGAAAGUUGAAGAGAAAGGAGAGGAGCAUGAGAAGGACACAGAGAAACAAAAGGAGGAAGAAAAACAGAAGGAAGAGCAAGAACAAAAAGUGACUCCCCAGUCACUUAAAUCAAAGAAAAUUGUUGAUGAUAAUGAGGAGGAUGACAUUGUAUCUAUACAAGGACCGAUUAACAUGGACAUGUUGAGUCCAACGGAGCUGAUGGAGAUUGCAUCUGCCAUGCAAUCUAAGGCACAAAAGAAGAUUAUGAAGGCUCGGAGAAAAGAAGCACACACUAUUCAAAAUGUUGUUGAUAUUCUAUCUAGUAUAUUACCAGAGACUGAUAUAGACAGUCUUUCUAAUCCUAUUGACAAACUGGAGCAACUGGUCACAACAACAUGA